AUGUCUGCCGCCGAACCCCAGACCAACGGUGUCGCUCCAGGCCCAUCCUCAUCGGCCGGCACCAACAGCCAGACCCUCGUCGGCGCAAGCACACAGGCCACGGCCGCCACGGCCGGCAGCCAGUCCGCAGCAGGGCAGUCACAAUCACAACCGGGGCCAUCCUCGCAAACUCCGGUGCCAGGCUCGCAACAGCAGAACCCGCAGCAGAACCCACAGCAGCAGCAACAGCCCUCGAGCGCCCCGAGGCCACGCGAUGCCCGCACCCUAGAGCUCCUCCUCACCGCGCAGGGCGUAACGUCCUACGAGCAGCGCGUGCCCCUCCUCCUCCUCGACUUUGCCUACCGCCACACCUCCUCCGUCCUCUCCGAUGCGCUCCACCUCGGCGCCGACCCAUACGUCACCCACGCCGGCUCCAAGCCGAGCGCGUCGUCCGGCGCCGCGGCCUCCGCCCCGGGAGCCGACGCCAGCGUCAGCGCCAGCGCGGUCCAGCUGGCCAUCGCCUCGAGGCUGUCGUACCAGUUCCGCGGCGGUGGCGGCGGCGGCGGCACAUCCAAGGACUGGCUCAUGGACGUCGCGCGCGAGCGCAACAAGGUCGCCCUGCCCAGGGUGGCGGCGACGGAAUGGGGCGUGCGUCUACCGGGCGAGCGGUUUGUGCUUAAUGGGCUGAGCUGGGGUCUGAGGGACGAGUGGGCUCCCGGUGAGGAUUGGAGCGCGGGUGAGGACGAUGAUGAGGCCAUGGCUGAUGCCAUGGAGGGAGUCGAAGGAACUGUGGAGGAGGAAGACAUUGGUGGCGAUGGCGUUGAGGGUGGCACCCAAGCUGACGUCUUUGGCGACACCAUGGAGGAGGAUGCGGACAUGAUGGAGUAG